GUUAUUACCACCGCUUCCCCUCCCCAUAUUACACUGGAAAGGAGUUAGAUAAUUGACCUGUCCUUGUGUAGUACAUUUCGCAGACCAUUCUGGAGAACAAUGGCAUCUAUUCGAGCCAAUUGCCGGAAGGUGAUGUGCAUCGGCCGAAACUAUGCUGACCACAUAACAGAGCUCAACAACGUUCGCCCAAAACAACCAUUCUUCUUCCUCAAGCCACCCUCUUCCAUCCUCCUCCCAAACAGCGGGCCCGUUCUGCGCCCCAAGGGCGUGAGCCUACAUUAUGAAGUCGAGCUCGGAUUAGUUAUAGGCAAAACGCUCCGUGACCAUGACCCGGCAGACGAACGUGGCGCUUUGGACGCCAUAUCAGCGUACACCCUCGCCAUCGACCUAACAGCGCGCAACAUCCAAGACGCCUCCAAAAAGGCCGGGCUCCCCUGGUCCAUCGCCAAAGGCUUCGACACUUUCCUCCCCAUCUCCGCUGUGAUUCCAAAAUCCUGCAUCCCGGACCCGCACAAUGCUACUCUCCACCUCUCUGUCGAUGGCCAGCUGCGCCAGCGUGAUAGCACCAACCUGAUGCUCUAUCGCAUCCCGCGCCAGCUGGCGGAUAUCUCGCGUGUGAUGACCCUGGAACCGGGGGAUUUGGUGUUGACGGGCACGCCAAAAGGUGUAGGUGAGGUUCGGGAUGGGCAAGUUAUGACGGCGGGCAUUGAGGUUGGGGGUCGGGAGGUUGAGGAGGGGAAGAUUGAGGUUGUGGUUAGGGAUAGGGGGGAUGGAAGAUAUGAGUUUGCGGAGUUUUGAUUUAAGAGGGGGAUUGGAUCGAUAGGGAGCUAAUAUGGCGUGGGCCUUAGGUAAGCUUGCUUUUCCGUUGUUUUUGGGUUUAUUUUAAAUUAUGUUUUCUGUGUGUUGGGGUUUGUGUUUUCUAUAUGGAUAUAGUAUACCAUUGCGAAUAGACAUGU